AUGAAAAAUUUGAGGCUCGCCUUGCCUUCUGCGGCUCACUUGCGAGAUUGUGCAAGUACUCUGACAUCUUUUCGGAGCUUUCAUUCACAAGUUGCCACACACAUUUCCAACCAUUCUUCUUCCAAAUAUUUAUUCAAGUUUUUCCCUUCGUCUUUCACUUGUGGUGCUACCAAUCGUUUUACCAGUAGAACUACUACAUGUUACUAUACCACCACCUAUCUUCCUCAACUAGAACACAAUCACUCCACUCUCAGUGCCAUCACAACCACAACUAGUCACUUUGAAAAAGUAACAAAACCCAUUUCCAUUCUCAUGAUUAAUGACGUCUAUGAGUUCAAUGAAUCGCCCGAUGAUGGUGUCGGAGGUUUUAUUGGACUUGUAAAAUUACUCAACAAACUAAUUAGACAUGAAAAAAGAUUGGGUCAUCCAACUAUUGUAACAAUUAAUGGUGACUUUCUCUCGGCUGGACUUUUAUCAAACGCAUAUAAGGGAAAACAUAUGGUUGAUUUAUUUAAUAUCAUGCCCAUUGAUUUAGUAACUAUUGGAAAUCAUGAUUUUGAUUAUGGAUUGGAUGUAUUAAUCCAAAGAGUGAGAGAAUCUAAAUUCAAAUGGAUUUGUUCUAAUGUUGAAUUAUUAGAUCAAUCAUUUAAACAAUGUUGUGAAGUGAGUGCAAACACAGUCGAUGCAGAACCACCUCCUGAAAGUGAAGUAUUACUUUAUAGAAAGCAUGUAAUGACUUUUCCAUUGAAUAAUAAUGAAUUGAGAGUUGGAUUUUUUGGAAUACUCACUCCUCAAACAUCAAUUUUGACUAAUGGACUCAAAAAUGAUAUGCAUCGAAUUAAGAUUCAUCCUGUGAUGGAAGUUGCUAAGAAAAUGUGUGUUGAAUUGAAACACAUUGAUAAGUGUGAUUUAAUUAUUUGUUUAUCUCAUUUAGACAUGAAAGAAGAUUUAGAAUUGAGUUCUGUAAAAUAUUUAGAUGUCAUUCUGGGAGGUCAUACCCACUAUCCAUUUAUAGAAAUUAAUAAUACGAACAACACUCUCAUAGUAAAGAGCGGAUCCGAUGCCAAAUACGUUGGUAAAAUGUCACUCGUAGUUGAAAAAUCACAACGCAAUCAAUAUCACACAAAGAUUUAUGUGGACAAUGUUGGACUCAUUCUCAAUAGAGAUAGUAACGAAACUCCUCUUUCUGACGAAGACGGAGAUGAAAGUGUAAAAAAGAUGAAAAAUCUCAUUCAUCACUUGAACUCACAAAUUCCUAAAGAUGCCUAUGAUGUUCUCGCUGUGUGUGAAUCAUCUCUAAGUUCAGCCACAAGUUAUUGUCGAUUUAGAGAAUCCACAUUUGGAAAUCUGGUUUGUGAUAUUUUGAAAGUGGCAUAUGAUGCUGAUUUAGCUGUGUUUAAUGGAGGUGGAAUUAGAGGUGACAAAACGUACGCAGUUAAUUAUCAUAUGAAAGUGAUUGACGUUAUGAAAGAAUUUCCACUCAUUAAUGAAAUACUCUCUGUCACUAUCAAAGGAAAAUAUAUUAGAAAAUUUGUAGAGCUUUGUUUAGCACCCAUGAAUGAAUCAGGUGGUUAUGCCUCAGGUCUCUAUCCACAAGUGUCAAAAGGAGUUCAAAUUAUUUAUGAUCGUACGAAAGAACCCAAUCAUAGAAUUAUCUCAUUUGAGAUUAAUGGAAAACCACUAGAAGAUGACAAGUAUUACAAAUUUGCAACGACAAAUUAUUUACUAGAGGGAGGACUCGAUGGUGAGAAUUGGCUGAAAUUUUAUACCUAUGACAAUGAAGAUAGAAUUAAGAUUAAUACUGAUGACAAGUAUUACAUGACCAGUCUAGUGGAAGUCAUUAAGGAAGAGUUGAGAAAAAUGGGAACGAUCAAUGUUAGUUUGGAGAAUAGAACGAUGGAUGUAAAUACAGAAAGAGAAGAAUCGUGA